GAGCACGACCUCAGAGAAGCUUGAUAUAUACGAAUACGAUUCACAUCUACUGAACUUUGCUCAAUUGUGUUUUCACAGCCAGAGUCCAGCAGCAUCGCGGGACGUGCGGCACGAGCACAUUGAGUCGUUACGGAAUCGAAUACACAGGAACUAGUGUGCUUACGUUCGGCCGUGAUUCAGCACCGUGUCUGUGCACAUCGGAUCGACUUAACAUUUUAAAACGAAUCACUUUAAAACAAACACUCAAUUCACUCAAAAGAAUGAAACUACACUUUUAGUUUCCCCACUUUGUCGUGUUUUAUUGAAAGCGCGCGCCUAUUCUAUUGAAAUGCUGAACUUUUAAAAUGCUAAAAGACGGAAGUUUGCGAAUACAACAGUCUUUAUUUAGUACUGACACAUACGAUGAUCUCAGGUUUGCUUGGACUCGGGGGAAGAGCGUGUCAUUAUAGUGUAAGAUCUGAGGGUGGGAUCAGCUGAUGAUAAGUUAUACGUGUUAAAGUGCAAGUGCCAUACUCAUCUCUACCUCAAGAGCUGGACUUUAUCACAGACUGAUAUGAGAUGUGCCCGGGACUGCAGAGGACCAAGUCUCCCCUCUCAUAUUAUUUUAUUUCUUUUUUUCUCAAAAUCCAUAAUUUGAGUUCGUUACUGCCUCAUUUGUUUAGCACCUAAGAUGUCCUGCUUGUUUUUAGGGGUACUACGGAGGCGAAAUGCCUUCACUGCAGCUUCAGUGGGGGUCCGGUCCCUCGCCUCCAUCCCCUCUCUACCUCCAUCUGUGGCUGAGUUUGUUUCAGGGGCCGUGGCUGAAUGUAAACCUGCUAAAGUGCACGUGGUCACAGGCACAUCAGAAGAGACGGCAGAUAUCCUGGCCAACUUGGAGAAAGAUGGCAUGGUGAAAAAACUCACCAAAUAUGAAAACUGCUGGCUGGCACGAACUGACCCUAAAGAUGUGGCUCGUGUGGAGAGUAAGACAGUGAUCGUGACUAAGAAUCAGAGAGACACUAUCCCCAUCCCCACUGGAGGCACUAAGUCCCAGCUGGGCAGCUGGAUGAGUGAAGGAGACUUCCAGAAGGCCCGAGAGGAUCGCUUUCCUGGCUGCAUGGCAGGACGUACAAUGUAUGUGAUUCCCUUCAGUAUGGGCCCGGUGAACUCUAGUCUUGCUAAGUUUGGUGUUCAGGUGACAGAUUCUCCAUAUGUGGUGGCUAGCAUGGGUGUCAUGACACGGAUGGGAACUCCAGUCCUGGAGAAACUGGCAGAGGGAGCAGAGUUUGUGCGUUGCCAACACUCUGUGGGCAGACCUCUACCACUCAAAGCUCCUUUAGUAAACAGCUGGCCUUGUAAUCCAGAGAAAGUAUUGAUCUCACAUCUUCCAGACACCAGACAGAUCAUGUCCUUUGGCAGCGGUUAUGGUGGAAACUCACUGCUUGGAAAGAAGUGCUUUGCUCUUCGUAUUGCCUCUCGUAUUGCCAAAGAUGAGGGCUGGUUGGCUGAACACAUGCUGAUUCUUGGAAUUACGAAUCCACAGGGAGUGAAGCGCUACAUUGCAGCAGCUUUUCCCAGUGCUUGUGGAAAAACCAACCUGGCCAUGAUGAAGCCAGCAAUGCCAGGCUGGAAAGUUGAGUGUGUGGGCGAUGACAUUGCCUGGAUGAAGUUUGACAGUCAGGGUAAGCUUAGAGCUAUAAACCCAGAGAAUGGUUUCUUUGGAGUUGCCCCCGGAACGUCCCUAAAGACCAACCCACAUGCCAUGGCAACCAUCUCCAGGAACACAGUGUUCACUAAUGUGGGAGAGACCAGUGAUGGGGGCAUAUGGUGGGAGGGUCUGGAACCACCAGCACCUGGGAUCAAGCUCACCGACUGGCAUGGAAAAUCCUGGAAGUAUGGUGAUUCUACACUGUGUGCCCAUCCGAACUCCAGAUUUUGCACCCCAGCUGGCCAGUGCCCCAUCAUAGAUCCACGCUGGGAGAGUGAUGAGGGCGUCCCAAUUGAUGCCAUCAUAUUUGGUGGUAGAAGACCAGAGGGUGUGCCUCUGGUGUAUGAGUCAUUUAACUGGCGUCAUGGUGUGUUUGUUGGCGCUUCCAUGAGAUCUGAAUCUACAGCUGCUGCUGAACAUAAAGGUAAAGCUAUCAUGCAUGACCCCUUUGCCAUGCGUCCUUUCUUCGGCUACAACUUUGGCGACUACCUGGCCCACUGGUUGAGUAUGGAGACACGGAAGGGGCCGACCCAGCUCCCUAAGAUCUUCCACGUGAACUGGUUCCGAAAAGAUCAGAAGACCGGCUCCUUCCUGUGGCCAGGAUUUGGAGAGAACGCUCGCGUCCUCGAGUGGAUCUUCAAGCGAUGUGGCCGAACCAGCGAAGAUGAGGCUGCUUCCAAGAGCAUUAUUGGUUGGAUUCCACAAAAGGGUGCCAUACACACAGAAGGCCUGGGUGGGAAUAUAGAUAUGGGUGCCCUCUUUGACCUGCCCAAACCCUUCUGGCAGAAAGAAACACAGGAGCUCAGAACCUACUUCACCCAGCAAGUUGGGGCUGAUCUACCUGCACAAGUGGAGGGAGAGCUGAGAGCGCUGGAGGAGAGAGUGAGGGAUUAAAUAGACACUAUAUUGCAUUACAUUUAUGCUGAGUAAACAGGUAUAGAAAUGGGCUGAGGCGGAGGCAACUGUGUUAUUGUGAAUGACUGUUGCACUGCAGUGAACACUGCACUGGAGAAAGACACAAAGUCUAUAUCACUAUUAGUGAUAUCAAUACAAAAGUGCCUUAUUAUAUUUUACAAUAGAAGAUAACAAAUCUGUUUAAUGUUUACAAUUUGUCUGCCAAAAAUGAUAUUUUUAAAACUUUAUGAAUUAACAAGAUACAUACAUAGCAAAUCCCAAUAUGAAAAAUCAAAUAAAAUAAAUGAAAUAUAAAAAUGCUGCCAUCAUUUACUCAGUUUCAUAUUGUUCCAACCACUCUCUUUCUUCUGUGGAACACAAAAUGAGAUGUUAGGCAGAAUGUCACAAUUCACUUUCAUUGCAGAAAAAAAUAAUUUUGGGCAAAAUGAUCAGAUAUGUCUUAUGUCAAAUAUUUUUCUAAAUGUUUGCUGGUGACUUAGUGAAAGCUGAAUUUUAAUUAUUGACAAGCUUACACUUGAACCAAGGUUGACAGAUCUGGACCAAAGAGUACUGAUGAGUCUCAGUCACUAAUAUAUCCCACUAUACACUAUGUAAAUAUUUAUGUGUUUUUUUUUUUGUUCAUGCCCAAAAGGUUUUUCAAGCGGGGGGAUCACCAAACUAGAUCGCUCAACCUUAAUGUAAAAAAUAUUUACAUUUUACAUUUAUUCAUUUGGCAGAUGCUUUUAUCCAAAGCGACUUACAAAAGAGGAAAACAUAAGUGAAUCAUCUUAAGGAGACAGUGGUACAAAAAGUGCCAUACUACAAAGUUUCACUAGCAUUAGAAGAGUAUUCAAAACGGAUUAAAGUGCAACAAAGUUUUUAGUGACUGGUUAAGUGCUUUCAGCCAUUUUUUGAAGACAGAAAGUGAAAUAUUAGUCUAAUAAAAUGUGUUUUAUUACAUUUUAUCAUAUUUAAAAUGUUUCCAAAUCAUUAAUGGACUGCCUGCAAAUGGUCUAAAGUAAAAUGUUUGAUAACAUGUUUGUGCAAAAAUCACCUUCAAUUAUCAGCUGGAUCUCUGCUGAUGACUGGCUGCCAUGUUUAUUCUGUGUGGUGUAGAAAAAUAACACUUUAUUAUUCUGAGUUACAAUGAACGAAAUAUUUUCUGCCACUAGUGGUGAGUCCUGUCUAUGUCUGUAUCUGGUGUAGAUCAAGUCCUUUAAUGGACUGGCUUUGCUUUUGCAGAUCAAAGUCACAAAGUCAGCCAACAGAGACUGAAGCAGAUGGCUCAAUGAUGAUAUAUUGUAUGCUUCUUUAGGAGGAACUUUGAUAGAAAACAAGCACAUACACAAAAAGUAAUAUAAGAGAUCUAUGUAUACACCGCAUAUAUUGAUACCUUGAGUCUACAUAAUGCCAAAAAGCUAUACAUGUGACAACUUGAAGACUUAUGUUGAAGACAACUUAAAGACAAAAAACUUCAGUGUGGAGGUCACAAAUAUAAUGGUACUCUGUGUUCCUUUAAAAUAUUAAAGGCACUGAAUGCAAAAAUUUUUUAGAAUAAAGGUUUUAUUGUGAUGAAGGUCAUAUUUUUUAUCAUUUUUGGUUUUGAAAGAUUCAUGUUUUUUUUUAAUUCACACAGAACAAGACAAACACUGUGUCUGCAUUGCUAACAAGUUGCCUUGUUUCGGUUAUCUUUUAUUUAUUUUUUGUGCUGUCUCAAAUUAAAGACAAAUAUCAUUUUAA